UCAUUUAUAGAUCUCACGUAUAACACAGAGCCUACACGUCCAACGCAAUUAUCGUUUAAGCUUCGAUAUUAUAUUCAUGUGUUCGCUUCAAUUAUAAUAUAUAAUAUUAGUCGAACGAAACAUUCGGUGUCUUAAUAAGAAUUCGCGGUGAUCGAAAAGUGUUUCCAACGAUUCGUAAAACCGACUGCGGCGGUGAGGGUGGCACAUGGUACCGGAAGUGUCGGACAAAUGAGGAACAACAAGUGCGCGUGCAAGUGUUUGAGAAAACGGACCAGGCGGCGGAGACGCAUCUCCGAUUAAAACGCCUAGUGAUUAGAGGAGGUGAAAACCUCCUCUCCUGUGUUGGUGUGCGCGCGUGAUAUCGAGAAAAACGGUGAGAGAACCAUCGGGGCUCUCGAUACCGGUGAUAACAGCCGCGCGGUUUUGAUAUUGUUGCGAGAAUAACCACGUGGUUACUUCCCGACGAUCCUUCCUCGUCGGUGCAGAGUUUUGAGAGGACCGCACUUGCAGCUACGCUUUUCAUACUUCGGAUGUCUUUAGCGGAAAAAGAUGAAUUAUGACCCUUCCGAGCAGCCCGUGUGAGAUAGACAACAUGAGCUUGUUUCAAGAUCUCAAGUUGAAAAGGAGAAAGGUCGACUCCCGAUGUAGUAGCGACGACUCCCCGGUAUCCCUCGGAUCAGCAGGCUCGCCGCAGGGGAACCAGCCGGCGGACGCACCUUCACCCAUAAACUUUCCUGCUCCAGGGGAGAGUAUGGCCGACACCUCGACCCUGUCGCCGGAAGCAAACAUGCCGAGUUCGCCGGGCUGCCCCGUGGUCAGAGUGACGAGCGAGUACCUGCUGGGCAGUCCGAGUCCAGGGACGCCACGAGAUUCUCUCCGUGGUACCGGUGGAGGCGGCAGCGGAGUCGGUGAUGGCGGAAGUGGAAGAGGAAACGGACAGGAGGGUCGCGAUACGACGUGCUCGACGGACCGCGCGUCGCCCGACUCGGUCUUCCCGGAUGCCGGUCCGAUAGUGAGCUUCAGGAUCUCCGAUGAACAGCAACAGCAUCACCAGCAACCGCAACAGCAACACCACCAACAACGCUCUGCCACACCCGUGCCGACCAGAUCGUCAUCCUACUCGCCGGUCCAAGCGGUCUCGUCGACCCCAAUUGCCCAGGAGGCCUCCUCGAGGAGCGACAGCCCGGACAAGGGCGACUUGUCAUCCGUCCAGACCAAGGAAGAAUCCGACAACUCGGUCUUUGACGGAGGCGGAGGUGGUAGCGGCGGAGGGGGCGGUCGGUCGGAAGCUUCCAAUCAGCCAACUCACCGGAAUAGCCCGUCGUCUCAGUUCAAUCCGAACCAGAGUGUCAGUCCUGGCACAAUCGGGUCCGCUGGGUCGCACGGUCCCGCACAACAGCAGCAACAAUCGCCACAGACUCCGCCGACGCCGCCGAGGCCGCGCGCGCCCUCGGUACCACCGCAUCUGCUGGUUCACCAUCAAUUUUGGUCGCAAAACACCUCCGGCGUACAGGGGUUUGCCACGCAGAGGCUACUCAACGGUGUCAUCAGCAGUGCCGUGAGCUACGGCGGACAGAACGCCACUACUGUCUCGACCAACUCCGGCGGCGGUACCAGUAGCACCAGCUGCGUCACCACCGGCGCCACUACUACAGCGACUUCGUGUGAAGGUAUGAAACCACCGGCGCAGAGAGCAGCGCCGGCACCACCGCGGCCCCCGCCCACGGUUUUAAUGGGCGAAAUCGGCGGCGUCCGUACAAUGAUAUGGUCGGCGCCGCCGUUGGACCCGGUACCGCCGCCGGCGGCAUCCUGGACGGCCACAGCGGCAGCGGUCGCCUCGUGCUCCUCGUCGGAGGAGUCGGCCGCUCACCUGCUGCUGAAUCUCGGCCAAGAGUCCAGGGGUAAACCACCCUCCUCUACCGCGGUAUCGUACUCGUCCGCCGCCGCCGGGCCACCCCUCAAUAUGGAGAGGCUAUGGGCCGGUGAUUUGACGCAACUACCGGCCGCGCAACAAAUGCAGGCGUUAAAUCUCACGGCUUCCGGUUCCGCCGCGCAGCCGUGGGUGAGCAACGGCGGUACGAUCGUAAAAUCCGAAGCAGCAUCGCAGUCCAUAUCGUUCGCGCCGCCGGCACCCCCCUUGCCGCCCCAGGAACACGAGGAGGACGAGACGCCCAUGAUAUGCAUGAUUUGCGAGGACAAGGCGACCGGCCUGCAUUACGGCAUCAUCACGUGCGAAGGGUGCAAAGGCUUUUUCAAGAGAACGGUACAAAAUAGGCGAGUUUAUACAUGCGUGGCGGAGGGCGGCUGCGAAAUCACGAAAGCACAGAGGAACAGAUGUCAAUACUGCCGAUUCAAAAAGUGCAUCGAACAGGGUAUGGUUUUGCAAGCGGUUCGAGAAGAUCGGAUGCCUGGAGGAAGGAAUUCUGGUGCAGUGUAUAAUCUUUAUAAGGUGAAAUAUAAAAAGCACAAAAAGAGCAACAAAGCGGGUGGUGGCAUGAGUGGCGGUAAUGUUGGUGGUGUAAACGGCUCGGGAUCCCUGGGCGGCACCAAGGGCGCCAUGGGUUCGACGAUGCUGGACAAGCACAUGGCCGCGGCAGCAGCAGCUCAUCACAGCCAGCAGCAGCAGCAGCAGCAGCAGCAUGCCCAGCUGGGCGGCAGUUUUCUUCAUCAUCACAAAAUCUCGUCAGGCGAUCCACUCAGUUCGCCGCCCACCCCAAGUCACCCGAGCCACCCCGCGCACUCGGGCCACCUCGUCAACGGGACGAUCCUGAAGACGGCACUCACCAAUCCUUCCGAAGUGGUGCAUUUACGGCAAAGGCUAGACAAUGCGGUAAGCAGUUCGAGGGAUCGAGUCUUUCCUUUGGAUGCAACUCUAAAUAUGAUCCAAACCCUUAUAGAUUGCGACGAGUUCCAAGAUAUCGCCACAUUGAGAAACUUGGACGACCUGCUGGACCAUAAUUCAGAUUUAAGUGAGAAGCUGUGUCAGAUAGGAGACAGCAUAGUGUACAAGUUGGUACAGUGGACCAAAAGGUUACCGUUUUACCUUGAGCUACCAGUCGAAGUUCAUACGAGGUUGCUCACCCACAAAUGGCAUGAACUUCUUGUGCUGACCACCUCUGCUUAUCAAGCGAUGCACGGUCAGCAUGGGUUAACUAAUGUUGGUACUGAUGGGACGGGCGCAGAUUUUAUGCAAGAAGUAACGAACAACAUGUAUACGUUGCAAACGUGCCUAACCAGCAUGAUGGGUCGGCCGAUAACCAUGGACCAAUUGCGGCAAGACGUAGGGCUCAUGGUAGAAAAAAUCACGUACGUUACGCUAAUGUUCAGGCGGGUGAGGCUACGGAUGGAGGAAUAUGUCUGUCUAAAAGUAAUCACUAUGCUCUCACAAGAUGCGAAAUCACGAGGAACUAACUCGGAAUUAGACCAAAUACAAGAUCGAUACAUGAGCUGUUUGCGAAGUUUUGUCGAGCACAGCGCACCCCAGCAGCCAAGUCGAUUUCACGAUCUUCUCGUUAGGUUGCCUGAAGUACAAUCGGCAGCGGCUUUACUACUCGAGAGUAAAAUGUUUUACGUUCCUUUCCUAUUGAACUCAGCAAUUCAAAGAUAGUAAAUAAACAAAAUGACGCUAAACGAAGCUGAAUACCUAUAUACAUACUAUACAUAUGUUAUAAAUAUAUACACACAAAAGUAAAAGAACCGAACAAACAAACAACAAGCAACAAACGAAUAGAAAAACAGAAAGAAAAGAGCCCAACGAGAAAAAGAGGGGACUCGAACCGAAUGAGGAAGGGCUUUGUUUGUGAAUGUAUAAUAAAUAUAUAUAAAAGUAUAUAUAUACAUAUAAAUAAUAUAAAUGUGUGUGUUCGUUGCGUUGUACAAACGAAGGAGGACGAAUAAGGAGAAGAGAUCGUUCAAACGAAAUGGAACGAUAAGAACAGUGGACGAUAGAAAGUAAUUACGUCGAAAGCGAAAAAGAGAGGGAGGAUUUAAAUAAAAUAUUAAAGAAAGAAUAUAAGAAUUAGAGAGAGCGAGAGAGGGAGAGAAAGGGAGGGAGAGAAAGAAAGCGCGCCACCUCGAGAUGGGUAAAUCAAUCGAGGAGGGAACUGAACUUUUUUAUCGAAACUAAAAGACUAUAAUAUAAUAUAUUUCUGUACGCAAACACGUACCGCGCAACUACGUCAUUGUGUGUUCACAUUGCAUAAUCUGAUCGAUAAAAUAAGACUCUCGUUACGUACCGCUCACCGUAGGCCACCUACUAUCAUCACUAUUACUAUUGCUACUAUUACCGCCACUUUCUACUACUACUGCUCUCGAAGUUAAAAGAAAGAAGAAAAAAACAGCAGCAGACACCACGAAAUGACUGAAUGAAGGAUCAAUAGUUUGGAUCGAUCGACUGGCCGAUGACGACGCGUUAUUGUCAUCUCAGCUCGACGUAAAAUCAUCGAACUACAAUCGAAACGUAUUAAUACACGUUCCCAUACAUAUACACACACAUACACAUUUUCUAAAUACCUCGCCCCGACGUAUCGAUGUGAUCUUCUCCUCGCAAUUGUCACUCGCCAUCAACGUGUGUAAAGAAAGGAUGUGAUACUACAAUUACUUUCUUCUCCCGUUAUCAUUGUACCUGCACAUCGUCGACAGGAAUAUGUUAUGAAUCUCCAGAAUAUGGAUUACGUAAUUCUAUCCAUCAGAAAUAGAAAGAUAACAAGAGUAACUUUUCACAUUCAUCGAAAAUGGAAUUGUUUUCGGUGCGAAAUACAACCGUGUAAUAUCAAAAGAUCAGAGCGAAAAGUGGAAAGAUUCACUGAUUAAUGUUCAAAUAACAUGACCGCGAGAAGAGGAGAGAGCCACAAGGAAACGAAACUAUACGCAAGAACCUCGUAUAUUCGGUGUCUCACAUCCAUACCACACAUGCAUCCAGAUACGAGUAUUUAUUACGUAUGUAUUCCACAAUCGUCAAUUUUGAGUCAUCAUCAUCUUCGUCGUUGUCGUCGUCGUCAUCGUUACUGUCGUCGUCGUCGCCACCAUUCAACAGUCCAAAGCAUGGUCCAAGCGCGCAACGCAAAAGACUCUCUUUACUCUAUUAUAGUAUUGGUUCGUUCAUUUACAUUUUUUAAGAGACUUUUACACGCGCAUUAAUCAUUAAUCCUAGGGUUUUCCGCUUGCGUCGCGCGUUCUUCGGACGAUUUCCGAUCUUCCAUUUACAAUUUUUGAAGGCCGUUUGCUUUCUAUACUUGUUGUAUUAUCACUUGUAAGGUAAAGUGAUUUUCAUAAAUGAGGUUAAAUCAUUUAAUUAAGAUUUGUAGGAAUAAUUCGCAAAUUAACGAAAUUUUAUAUAAUUUGCAACAUUGGCUGACUAGUAUAUAUUACUAAUAAAUAAGAACAUAAUUUAAAAAAGGAAAAGUAAAAACAUAAUAAGUAUCAUCGUUGAAUUAUAAAAAUGUUUAUAAAGAAAAUUUGUUAUUUUUCAGAUACUACAUUUGAUUAUAAUAAUUGUAAAAGUGGAAUUUUUAAAUUAUUUAGUGGUUAAAUUUUCUAGUCGACUUUACUUAGUAAUUUUAUAUUUUUUUAUUCACGAAUAUUUUUAGCAUUUCUGAUGGAAAUGUUUUAUGGAAAUUAUAAUAAAAUCAUAUUGAAAUAGUACUAAAUAACAUACUGAAAUCUGAAUCAAUUAAUCCAUUUUUGUUGCCACUUUCUUAAAAUUUUAAUACAAAUUCGGAAAAAUUUAUUAAAAUUUGAUUUUAUUGAACCAAUUUUAAUAAAAUUGUAUUUAUUUAGAAAAUUUUAUGAAAGCCCAUUCACAAUACAGGAUUGCAGAUAUUUAGCUCAACGUAAUUAAAUAAAUAAUAAUAAUAAUAUGUAUAUAUAAUUAAAUUUAAAUAAGUUAAUUUAUCAAAUUCACCAACAAUUUUAUUUAUGUAGAAAUUAGAUUUUACAUCUGAAGACAAUAAACGAAUGAUUUUUAUUUAUUCGGACAUUUAUCUGCCCAAUUUCUGGACAAUCAAUUCAUAUCAAUAAUUUUCAUUAAUAUUUAUAUUAUA